ACACCCGUCUCCGCGGUUUUCAUCGAUGAUACAGCGCUUCUAGAGUCCUCGAUCCCAUUCUUUCCCGCUCGUUGUCCGACCCACUACCCGUAACACGAAGAACGCGCCCGAAGAUCAGAAAGCGCCAAGUGAGAACAAUUCCGCCGGUUACAGCAGGGAAAUACUUGACGCUCCCCCCGUCCACGGUCCCGCUGUUCGCGGCAGGAUGGCCGGCCCAGCGAAUCCUUUCUUGGGCCUUGGCCAGAGAGAUGGGUCGGCUGGCCCCGCUGGUCGUGGACGCGGUGGUGGACCAACUGGACGCUCAACUCCUUACCAGCCCAAGGCCAAUAGUGCAACACGCGACCCACGGCUUCGUGGUCGGGGACGGGGCGCCUCAGCGGUAAGAGGCACGCGUGGUCAUGGGAGGGGGGCCAGCGCGGGGAAUAACGUCUGGAGAAAACAGGCCGAACCACAAGCCGAGUCUGCCGCUAUCGCUUCGUCGCCUUUCGGCCAGUCGAAGCAGUCAGCUCCUUCCUCGGCUACCCCUCCUGUGCAGUCGUCGCCGAGCCCUUCCCCUUUCGCGGGAUUCGGAAAAGCAUCGCCUGGUUCGUUCGGGACUCCCUCGAGCUUUGCGGGAGCUCAGAAUGGUGGUGGGAAUACGGUUUCGCAGCGGCAACCUUUCGCGCAGCAACCUAAUGGAGCGAUGGGCGCGAAUGUUCCAGUGGAAGACGCCUCGCUCUUGAGUAGCUACACUGAUCGCUACGAAAAGCUCAAACUCGAUCGCACGAAGCAGAGAGAGAAGGCUAUAAGGGAGGGUCAGAUGGCGGACCCAAACCAGCCAACGUCCCUGCAACAAGCUAUCACUCCCGUGGGCACUUGUACAAGCAUGUGUCCAGAAUUCGAGCGCGUUGAGCGCAUUGUUCAAAAGAUGGUCGACAAGAGCGAGAAGUACCUACAUCCUGCAACAAAUACUUUGCAGAACAUGGAGUUAAAGAUGCUCAAGCGAUUUAGACGAUCGGCCGCCGGCUAUGACGCGCAACUUCCCUCCGAUAUCAGAACACCUCAUACGCUCCUUCAAACUAUGAACUAUCUCAUACGGCAUGUUCUCAACGGCUCGGAACCGCUUGGAUUGAUUCACAAAUUCGUUUGGGAUCGGACACGUUCGAUCCGCAAUGACUUUUCCGUGCAGCAGCUCACCCAAGAAGACGAUGUAAAAAUCGCAGUCACUUGUCUUGAGCGGAUUGCUCGGUUUCACAUUGUAUCCCUGCAUCUACUUUCUAGUCCUGCUAAUGAGGAGCCCUUCGACCGACACCAAGAGCGGGAACAACUGAACAACACAAUGCUCUCGCUGAUGUACUAUUACGACGACAACAGAGGCCGCAUCCCAUUCCCUAACGAGGACGAGUUUCGAGCUUACUACAUUCUUUUCUCGAUUCACGAUCAACGACCUGACUUGGAAUCUCGCGUGCAAAAAUGGCCGGUUGAGCUGAGGAGCUCACCCCGCGUCCAGAUGGCAUUAGAGCUGUUCGCCGCAGCCAGCAAUACCUGGGAAUACCAGGGUACGCUCGAUGCCAAACGUCCGAACGCUAUCGCUCAGGGCUUCUACAUGCGGUUUUUCAACCUGAUAGAUUCACCGGGGGUUCCAUACCUAAUGGCGUGCGUUGCCGAGAUUUAUUUCAACCACAUGCGUCAGACUGCCAUUCGCUCGAUCUGGAAGGCUUACUGCCGUUACCCAGCUUCUCAACAGCAUAAGAACGAGGAAUGGACGGUAGACGAGCUGACUACGGUGCUUCGCUUCGAUAAUUAUGACCAGACGAUUAAGUUCUGCGAAGAGCAGGAUCUUCAGUUCGCCGAAAAUGCAAACGGCGAUCUCUAUCUCAACUGGGGUAGUCGUCCUGUGGAUUCAGUUGCCUUCCAGCCGUCCUCGGACCAUGCAUUUUCAGAGACAUACGUCGAGUCGAAGCGCGCAGGCAGGACACUACCCGCGAUCAUCCUUGGCCUUAACAUCAAAGAAGCAGCGAACCUGGAGAUGAUAGACAGCUCUCUUCUGCCAGAGCGUGUUCCUGCUUUGCCCGCGCCUCAAUCACAUACAUCUGGAAAUGAUGAUUCGCUGUUCGUGAGCGACGACGAUAACCCACCUGCGUUCCGUUUCACCCCCUCACACGGAAGCUCACGCAAUUCUCCGACGUCAACCUCCAGCCUUCAGAAUACUUUUGCGAAUGUCCCACCAGCAGCUAGCAGCACCGAAUCGACUCCUGGUGCAACAUUCUCAUUUGCUCAGCCAUCCAUUACAUCGCAAGCGCCCGAGAAACAGGUUGCUCCUUCGUCCCUCUUUCCUAACACUUCGUCCGCCGCUUUUGGCGCGCCUUCACCGUCGCCCUCGGCUCCGUUCGCCAGUGUCUCUCCCCCUUUUCCUCAAUCCGGUCAAACACAACUGGGUUUACCGGCUACAUCGAGCAGUCAAUCUUCUUCGUUCCCGAGCCCGUUUGCGAGUGGCGCGUCGCCUUUCUCCCAGUUUAAACCGCCACAGCAGGAGCACGAUUUAGCCGCUUUUCCUUCCAAUCAACAGGCUUCUGCGAGCUCUGUUACUACGACUACCUCCCCUUUCUCGUUCUCCAACCCUCCUCCAGAGGAUGGAAUCAGGAACCCUACCCCCAAUACGUCAAGUGCACAACAGGUCUCGGCCUCGAGUCCAUUCUCGUCAACUACUUCGACUUUCAACUUCGGGCAACCAGCUCAACAGGAACAGACUAAACCCACCUUUCCUACCCUGAACAACCAGCCGUCUGCAUCCAUCUUUGCUGGUGCGCAAAGCCCGAUCCCAGAGAAGCAGCAGGAGACUGCCUCUCCCUUGCCAUCUCCAACACCAUUCAAGUUCCCUGGUUCUGUCACCCCUCAGCCAUUUUCGACUUCGCCUUUCAGUACUUCCGUGCCUGCGUCUGCAUCAAAUCCCAUCAGCUCAACUCCUGGGAACUCCGCUCCCAGCAUUUUCAACACUAACACAAGACCUUCCUCGGACGUGUCUUCUGGCUUAAGCUUCAGUGCUUCUGUGCCAAGUCCGGCCUCUGACAAUGCGGCUGCUCAGCAGCCUCCGUCCCUGUUCUCUAACUCUUCGGAAGAGCCUCCUAAGCCGCUUUCCCCUGCCCCGCUAUUCUCCGCUCCUUUAGAAAACAUAUAUCAACCGGCCGUAUUCUUUGCGAAGCCGCCCGCUGUACAGUCAGAUGAUCCAUCUCAAGGGAAGCAGGGCCAACCUGGAGAUGUAAAACCAAGCUAUUCAGGCGAAGAGACUGGCACUCCUACGCAGACGAAAUUACCGGCUGUCUCCGUCUCAGACAAGGAACCAGAACUACAGCUAAAUGAACUUGUCCCUCAGCCUGAGCCGCAGCCGGCAGCUAUCGCGUCCAGCAAUAGUUCCAGUCCUGCAACGGAGGAGACUCCUGCUCGGCCUUUACCCGAGACGGUCACGUUUGACAAUGAUGCCCCUGUGCAGCGUGCUUCGUGGUUGUCAGCAUUAAAGGAAGCCGCCGUUCGGCGACGGGAAAUCAAACCGACUACGGGUCGCAAACGCGUCCUUGAGGAACCUGAAGAACCAUCGCCUACCCAAGGCGAAAGCGGCACCAAGGCAUUCAAGGCGCUGAAACCAGAAGCGCUUCAUGUACCCAACAGGAAGUCGAUGGCACUUUCAUCUGUGAAACCCUUGCCCAAGCUCCCGAUCCUGGAACAAAUCGAGUCAAUGACCGCGCGCAAGCCAACCGCGCCGCCCAAACCCCAGGAACCAAGGUCUAUUCAAGUCGACGAAGAUGAGCUCCUUCUCUCUGCUGCUCGCAUUGCAGCUGAGUCAUUACGAAGCGGACCACGCAUCCUGGAUGGAUGGCCUGCUGCUUCCUACGAUGGGCGGGCUUCGUCGUUCAGCACUAGAAGCAGCGCGUCGCCGUCAUAUGCAUUCUCGCGCAGUCAGUCGCCCCAAUCGGGCCACGUGAACGGGCACGAGGUCUCUCUUGCGCCCGAUACAGAUCUGGGACUGGGUCGUACGAUGUCUCGAACGGAACAACGGAUCCGCAUGACGGGGGCCAAGGGGCUAGCUUAUAAACCUUUGGACUUUGGACCAGCCGAUCGCAAGCGCAAGUCUCGUUAAGAUAAAGAUAAAUAGUCGGUUCGAGAUUGGUGUCUGGCUCCUAUCUUUUUUUUUUUUGAGCGUCACCUUACCCCACUCCAUGUUCAUCAUACAUGUGCUCAUCCUCCUCAUCAUCAUCCUCCUCCUCUUUUUUUCUCUACAUGCUCACGACAAGUCUCUGGUUUAUUAUAUCGUUGGCAGGUUAGGAAGCCAUACCAUUGAUUGCAUUUCGUCAUGGCGUUGGUUGGGCGAUAUCACAACUUGUUAUUGUUCCCGUGUGCAUCCAAGCUUUUCUCUAAAUUUGGGGCUAAAAUGCAUGGCGCUGGAAUAUUCAUCCCUCUUUUGCAUACUGGUUGUGUACGUACAUAGCGCUUUCAAUUGCGGAAACUUAUAGCUCUAUCUU